AUGACGUCCUCGGCCUACAUCUGUUCCUUGCAUAUGCGGUCCUUUAUUUGUCGCGCGGAUGAUGGUGCUGACGGGCAGGACACUCGGGCCUCCUCGCGGCUGAUUGUUCCAGCCGGCAGCGGCAGCCACGCGACCAGGGCUCAUUACACGCAAUUGAGUGAACGUUCAUCAUCUCAACUGAUUCCACGGCGAGACUGCGCCGUCCCUUCGUCAGCGGAGAAACGAAGUCAGUCGCCUGGGCGGACGUCCCAGGGGGCUGACAGUCAUCGUGUGCUCAAGGAACCUGUUGAUGCUAUUGAACGAAGCCAUCCGGUCGAGCCACGGGCACUAGCGUCUGUGUCACUCCCUGUACAAUUCGCCGUCUCCAGUGAAAGGAAAAUCGCGGAUUCUCAAACAUUUCCAAAAAUUUCUCCUCUCCGGCGGGGAGGACAGAGGCCUGAGGACGUCUGGGGAUCCCUGACAAGAACACUGUUGAUUGAAAGCGACUACUGCGCUGUUGAACACACCGUUGAACACACCGUUGAACACACCGUUGAACACACCGUUGAACGCACCGUUGAACACACCGUUGAACACACCGUUGAACGCACCGUUGAACACACCGUUGAACACACCGUUGAACACACCGUUGAACGCAGCGUUGAACACACCGUUGAGCGCACCGUUGAACGCACCGUUGAUCGCACCGUUGAACACACCGUUGAACGCACCGUUGAACGCACUGUUGAACACCGUUGA